UAAAACAUCUGACCAAGAAAAGUUUUCUUGGCAUCCAAAGCAUUCAGAAUAUGAAAACAGUAUUAUGGACAAGGAUGAAAUGGAGCCUUUCUCUAAAACAGAGAAUCGGAAACUAGGUAGCCAUCUUCGGAGAUUGUCGACAGAUAGUGUUGGAAGUGAUGUAAGUUCUGUAAGAGCUAGUGAAAAUUCAAAUUUGGGGGUGGCAAGUUCACUUGGUGACAACUCCCUUAACCUUCCUGAAGGUGCUGAAAUUUCAAGAACCAUGGACACUCUUGCCAAUUCUGAUUUACAAUUUGCUAGGGACUUAUUAGUUGCUCUUCCAUCAGAAGAACGCAAUAAAAUGAACAGGGUUCUUACAACCAUGCAGCGAAGACUAACUACAGCAAAAACAGACAUGGAAGAUCUUAUAGCAAGAUUAAAUCAAGAGCUUGCUGUAAGACAGUACCUUACAACAAAGGUCAAAGACUUGGAAGUUGACCUUGAAACUACUAAGCAUAGUAGUAAAGAAAACCUGCAACAAGCUAUUCUAAUUGAAAGGGAAAGAUCUACUCAAACGCAAUGGGAUGUGGAGGAAUUGCGGAGAAAGUGUAUAGAGACUGAGUUGAAGUUGAAGUCUGAACAGGAUGAAAAGUUGAAUGUGGAGUCAGCAAAGGCAUCCAUCAUUCAGGAGAAUAAAAAGUUGCAGCAAGAGUUGGAUAAUGCCAGGGAGCAGAUUGAGAACUUGCAAAAACAUAACGAAGACCUAGAGUUGAAAUCAAAAGCAGAUGUUAAACUACUUGUGAAAGAGGUGAAAUCUCUUCGAAGUUCUCAGUCAGAAUUGAAGCAGGAGCUUAGCAGAUUGAUGAAAGAAAAAUUAGAAGUCGAGAGGGUUCUACACAAGGAGAAGAAAAGAUGGGAACAUUCAAAUGCCGCUAAUGCAAAAUUGCUGCAUGAAUGUGAAAUCCUUCGCUGUCGGCUUGAAGAAUGCAGUGUUAAUUUCCUGAUUGAGGAAGAAGAUAAAUUGAUUGUGGAUUCUUCCUCAACAUCUGAUGCUAUAGAUCUGUUGACGACCUCUGAUAAUCGGAUUGGUCUUCUUGUUGCUGAGGCACAGCUACUUGCACAAGACGUUGAAAAUGCUGUUGCAGCUGCGACUCACAAUAGCAAUGGCGGAAACACGAGUGCGACAGAUGAUGAAUUAAGGAAGAUGCUGACAGAUGUUUUCAUUGACAAUGCCAGUUUGAGGAAACAGGUGAAUUCUGUUAUGCGCUGCGCUCUGAAUACACCUGACAAAUCUGAGAAAGAGAGGCAUAGCCUUUUCAAAAUUAUAUAUUAGAUGUAGUUUUAUUUGUUGAUCCUGCCAAUGUGGGGUGUUGGAGCCUGGGGUACACUAUGUGCUGACUGCUCUUUCUGCAGUAUUUGCACAAAAAAGUUCUGACAUGAUCCUCCAUUCUCAUAAUUGGCAGCCGCAAGGGGCGAAGCAAAGGUAAGAAAAUGAGGAAGCUGUGUUAAUUUUCUUAUAGGAAACCCAAGGAUGAUUUGAUGAUUUUAUUUUUUUUAUUUUUUAAUGUUUUUUCUGAAGGAUCAUCCAUGAGUACAUGUGAGUGAUCAGAUAAUCAGAGGUAAAUAGUUCGAGCAUGUUUGGAGUAAAUCGUUAUUAACAGGGAAAAAGAAAAGGGUAAAUAGUUCGAGCAUGUUUGGAGCAUGUUUGGAGCAUGUUUUUUCUCAACACACCAUUGAGAAUGGCAUACCUAUCGAUAAAGGAAAAUUAUUAAAGUCAUUCUAGAGUAAUUUAUGGAAUUACUUAUUUAGUAAUGUUGACAAAUGAGAAACCACAUAACACUCUAAAUGAGUUACAUAUGGAGAAAAGAGGGUAUUAAUG